CCCCACCCAUUAAAACCAAGCAAGUAAACUCUCUACUUAACCAACCAUGGCUUUCUUCUCCAUGAUCAAGAUCCUUCUUCUCUGCGCCGCAUCCCUCUCAGUACUCCUUCUCGCCACCCCUGCCUCAGGCCAGAGCUACAACCACUUGCUCUCCGGUGAGCGCCUCAACGCAGGCCAAUCCCUCAUACAGGGCAGUUACCAGUUCAUUAUCCAAAACGAUUGCAACCUCGUCCUCUACAUGUACGGGACACCGAGAUGGGCUUCAAACACCGGCGGCCAAGCUUCCGGCUGCUACCUUGCCAUGCAGAGCGACGGCAACCUCGUUGUCUAUGACUAUGGAAACAGGGCCAUAUGGGCGAGCAACACUGGUGGAGAAAACGGAUACUAUAACCUCAUAUUACAGAAGGACGGCAAUGUUGUCAUAUAUGGCAAACCCAUUUGGGCUACUGGGACUAGUUAUUCUGGCUCUGCCGUCGUUGUCGUCGCCGAUGCACGUAAUGGGACGGUUGGGGCUUCCGGGGCGGAGCAGAAUAAGGUGAAGGAAAUGGGAAAGAUAGUGCAGGUCCAUGGUGAUGAGUAGCCAUGGUUUUAUGUCUAUGCGUAAUGGUUUUAUAAUGCUGGAGGAAUCUGCUUAUUAUCUCAAGCACGCUUUUAAUUUUCUUUCUCUGUGACUGUGAGUGUGUUCUUAUCGUUGAAAUAAAAUGGCAGAUUUUGAAGAGA